GAAAAAAGGCAAAACGGCUCCGGCCCGGCUGCAGAGGCACCGGUGCAGCUCUUCUCCCCCAACCCGAGGAUGGUGUCGCCGCCGCCGCCGCCACCUCCCGGCCUCCUCCUCCCGCCCCCUCCUGUCCCCCCCUCGCCCGCCGGCCCCUCCGGCGCGUCCCCUCGCGGAUCCACGGGGCUCUUCCGCGUGCCCGCGCUCUGCCUGGCAUGGUACGCGCUGAGCGCCGGCGGGAAUGUGGUGAACAAGGUGCUCCUGGGCGACUUCCCGCGGCCCGUCACCGUCUCCCUCUGCCACGUACUAGGCCUGGUGGCGCUCCUGCCCCCCUUGUUGCGGGCCUGGCGCGUGCCCGCCGCCAGCCCUGCCCAGCUGCCCCCUCGCGCGUACCCGCGCCUCAUCCUCCCGCUGGCUUUUGGCAAGUACUUGGCCUCCGUCUCGGCCCACGUCUCCCUUUGGCGAGUCCCGGUUUCCUACGCUCACACCGUUAAAGCAACAAUGCCUAUUUGGGUUGUUCUCCUGUCAAGAAUCAUCAUGAAGGAAAAGCAGACAACCAAGGUAUAUUUAUCCCUCAUCCCUAUUAUUGGUGGAGUCCUGCUGGCUACAAUUACAGAACUCUCAUUUGAUACUUGGGGGCUUAUCAGUGCCCUGGCUGCCACUCUCUGCUUCUCACUUCAGAAUAUUUUCUCUAAGAAGGUUUUAAGAGAUUCACGAAUACACCAUCUCCGUCUGUUGAAUAUCCUUGGGUGCCAUGCUGUGUUUUUCAUGAUCCCAACAUGGGUGCUGGUUGAUCUAUCUUCAUUCCUGGUAGAAAAUGACUUGAGUUCAAUGGCUCAUUGGCCAUGGACCAUCCUUCUCUUGGCCAUCAGUGGUUUCUGCAACUUUGCCCAGAAUGUCAUUGCCUUCAGCAUCCUAAACCUUAUCAGCCCUUUGAGUUAUUCUGUUGCAAAUGCCACAAAAAGGAUCACGGUCAUUAGUGUCUCCCUGAUCAUGCUUCGCAACCCUGUCACCUCCACAAAUGUUCUGGGCAUGAUGACUGCUAUCCUGGGAGUGUUUUUGUACAACAAGACCAAAUACGAUGCAAACCAGGAAGCAAAAAAGCAGCUCCUUCCUAUCACGACGGGAGAUCUAACAAAUCUGGAUCGGCGCUGGAGUACCCCGGAAAAGUCUCAGAACGGUCUUGCCUCCUUUGCACAUCAUGGAGAUUUCCAGUAUGGUAGCAGCAGGGGCAAUGUCCUUGUAGAUCACUUCCAGUAUUCCCGGCAGAACUAUCCAACACUCUAUAGCUCCAGUCGCUACGAUAUUUAGCGAGGGCGUAUUCAUUGCUAAAACAAUGUGAACUCUUCACAUGGAGUUUUCCCCUUCCACUCGUGUGACUGUUUAGUCUCAAGGAAUAGCCGGGGUCUGUGCAUAUGUCCCAUGGAGGGAUAAAUGCUAUAGAAGAGGGUACUGCAUGCCAAGCAAUACUUGCUAGUGGAAGAAACCACUGGAGUGGGUUUCAUCAGGUAAAAUUUGGCCAUGCAAAAGCCCCAGUCUGUAGCCUCUGAGCCUCUGAUCGCCAGAUGCCCCUGAACAUGUUGAUUGUCCAUGGUAGCACAAACGUGGCCAGUUUUUCUUCUUUUCACUCCUGGUUUUAGAUCUUUUUCAGUUGCUUUCUGCCUUACUUUGCCAUUCGUUUUCAGUUAUUUUCAAAACGGAACAAAGACCCUCUUUCUUUUUCUCGGACCCUCUUUUUUGUGGAAAAGAGAAGGUUUGUUGUAUUCUAUAAUGAGGGUAGCUUUGCUGCUCAUUUGCUGCCUUCGUUUGCAGCAUUACGAGGGGGAUUGCCAAAAAUGAAGAAGAAUGGGGAGCAGUUUCCAGUCUGGUGAAAGAAUGAAUGAAUUUAUUCUUAAAAAAAAAAUCAUGUAAUAGCAGGAGUUUGCUGCUAGCACUGUGUAGCAAGUACGGCUCUGAAAUCCCUCUCCCGCUCCUGUUUUAAUCAUGGUCUCAAAGCCUUUUUUGUUUGGGUUUUUUUUUCCCCCUCAUACAAAAAGGUGAAGCAAGGAGAUCCAUAUAGCAUACCAUUUUCUCCUUAGGGCAAAGUUUCUUAAUAAUAUCAUGCAGCUUUAGGAAUUAUUUUCUGAGGGCUCUGCUCUCCUAGUUUACAAGGAUCAUAAAAAAAAAUACCACUAUGCGUAUUGGUCUAUCCUGAUGUCAGAUUUGGGCAUAAUUCCUGUACAUUGUACUGGAUUGUUUAUGUUGUCUCUUUGAAAUACUCUUCAUACUUUCUUUCCUGCUGUGGAUGACAUUUGCUUUUUGCCUCUUAAGAAUUCUUCUCCUGGGUACUGAAACUGGAGCAACUAGCUCUUUCUCCUGCACCAUGAUUAGCUGAGGUCUUCAGCAGAAGUCUCCGAUAUGUCCACUAUGCUCUUGUGAGUUUGUAAUCAUGUUUCUGGGUUGCCCAGGAAAGACAAGAGGCCCUUAGCUUAUACAAAAAAGCAAAUCUUGAGACAGGAGCCAAGUACCUUGGCCUGUUUGUUUUUAAAAUUUGACUGGACCCUGCUGAUGGUGGGAAGGCAAAAUAUGCACAUCCAUUGUAGGGUGUCCAUUUGAUUUUCUUAAAACUGCUCUCUCCUUGAGCAAAGGGAAACUGAAGACAUAUGAGUUCUCUAAUCUGGGUGUGGAAAAAGAAAAUGCAGCUCUGGAUGAAAGGAAGCCACCCAUGCUGUAUGCAAUUGGAAAAGAAGGUUUGCAUUCUGUAAUAAGGCCCCUCAUGAAGGCUGCCAUAUGGGAAGGUUGCAGGUGCUGCUAAGAGGGGAGUUACUUUGGCCUUGAUCUGUUCCCAGAGGAUUUCAAAAGGUCUAGGAUGACUGUGUCAAGAGGAAAUCAUUUUCCUUCCAAGUUAUUUAUGCUUCAUCUGCCUUCUUUCUAGAGCGGAAAGACAGGAAUGUGUCUCUACCAAUGUCCCUCUUUUUUCAUAAUACUAAAGCAAUGAAAACAGAUGGCAAACAGAAUAAACUGGGAAAGCGCUUUUCUCUUUUUAAGAUGUGUACUGUAGAAGAAUAAAACAACAAGACUUGGACUUAACAUGAGCAUGCCUGGCCACUAAAUGGAAACAAAUUGAAAAUCAUUUCUGUACAGUUUGAGCAGGAAACCCGGGUCAAAAAUGGGGGAAGAUAGAUUUAUAAAACAAAAAUAGUUAAUUCAUUUUUGAGAAGGACAUAAGGUCCCAAAAUUUAAAAGUGGACAUUAUUCUUACAUGUGUGAACUAACGUCCAUACUAAAAGUGGGUUUGUCCAAAGAGAGUGAGUCUACUUUGGGGGAUUUUUUUAUAAAUGUUAUGUGAAAAGAAUAUCAUAAAUAAAGAUUUAGGACCAGUAAAGAACAGAUUCCUUUGUUGCGAUAAUUCAGUUGGGAACAUAAAUCUGCCACCUUCUAGUAUCGAUUAAACAUUCCAGCCUCAUUGAUGGUGUAACGAUGCAAAGCUGAUAAUAAUUUUGAUUUUUAAGUGGCUUGUUGAGGCAUAGCUGCCUGAAUGAACUAGGUAUGUCCAGAGUACAAUAUAAAACAGUAAGAGCCAGUAAGUUAUAGCAUGUUGUCACAUAUCUUCCCUUUGUGUCCUUUCACACUGUCAGGUUGACAAGAGAUUCAUUUUCCUCUUCCUUCUCCCUAGAUUCUCUGAAGCAGUGAGAGGUAUUGGGAAUCUUGUCUUAAUAACAGGAUGCGGAUUGUAAUUGGUGUAGUCCAGUAGUGGGUUUCACUUACCUUUGCUACUGGUUUGGAACUGUGAGCGUGCGCUUGCUUCACUCACGUGCAGCGCUUCUGCUCAUGCGUAGAACCUUCUACGCAUGCACAGAGCAUCCGUGAUGAUGUCUGGGUGGGUGGGCGGAGCCUCCCGAUGCCACUACUGGUUCACCUGAACCGAACCAGUAGAAACCCACCACUGGUGUAGCCCUAAUGUACUAUUUUAGUUUUGAACAGUUGUAGCCCAAUUAGAGCCAAGAGAAAGGAGCAGCAUGAGGUAUGACUUUUCCCUACAUGUGAUGAGAGCUCAUACAUUAGAUUCUCAAAAAAAAAAAAAUGUUCCCAGCGAAUUUCACAUAUAUGUGAAAUUCAAUAUUUGGAGUAUUAUGUUUAUUCUGGGCCUGCUUGAUACACUAAUUUUAGGUGUCCCAUCUAUUCUCAUACUUGUCUUGGGAGGGGGUGAUUGGUAGGAUAACAGUGCAUGUAUGUAUGUGUGUAUGCUCGGGGAAAGGGUGCACGUGCACUUGUAUAUAUGUAAUUGGAAAUCCUGGUGUGUACUUGGCUUUGAGUGUGUUGUAAAAUUUCUGUAAUUCCCCCAAAGCAAAACAAUCAACUAGAACAAAGAGCUAGCUUGUAAAAGUUGUAAAAAAUUGGCUUUUAGAUCUAAGAUUCAACAAACAACUUAUUCUUGUAAAUAAGUAAAAUUUUGUCUCUCACUAAAAGGGACAUUUUUGGUGCUUGGAAAAUUCAUGCUAAGGACCAUUUACAUAUGUCCUUGCCUUUUUUUUUUAAUGUACCUCUGGAUAGCCAAAUGAAGGUCUUGGAUGACGGCUUCUGAUACCUGCAGAAGUCAAAAUGGACUUGACAAAAUUUGUAAAUACCAAUGGAUACUAGACAGUAGCAAUGAGCAGGGUAUACCAGGUUCAGUCAGUCUAGUGUCUUCUAAAUUUGUUAGAUGUUACUUCACAUAAUCCCAGCCAAUAUGGCCAAAUUCCAGUGAUAACUAGAAAUUACGAGAAUUGAAAACAAAGAGAUUGGCGAAAGCUAUGAUACAGAGUUCAAGGAUAUUUGAAUUUAGUAAAGGACAAAUUCCAUAAAAGUUUUGAAGACUCUUCCUUUUCAGUUAUUUUUAGAACCAUAAUGCAAAGAGUUACUAGGAGCAUGAAGUACAACAAAAGAACUAGAGCAGAGUCAAAAUAUCCUGGGUAUGCUCUUUGGUAUCUUGCUGGAGUAUCUUUUUGAUGAAACAUUUCCUUUGUAUGAACACAAGUGUUAGGUUCAAACUGCAUAUUAGGCAGCAUGGCAAGUUGGUUGCUGUUUUCUGUGUCUUAAAACAUUUCUAAGUCUCCCCUGCCAUGGGAGGAACCUUUUCAAAAAGUUAAGUCAUUUAUGAAUUGGGGCAGCUUGGGAAAGGGCGCAUGGAGCUUCCCCGAGUCGGCUUCCACUUUUGAGUCUGAAUAAUUUGGAAGUCUGUUCUUUUCAAACUGGCAAGAUGGACCUGCCUGUUUCCAAAUAAAUGUUUAGGUUUGUGUAGUCAGUCACUUGCCUCUCAGAGGGGCGGUCUUGGUGGUUUGUAUAUGGCAUUGACAAUGUCUGAAAAAGGAAUAUUUAAUUGAGUUGAUAGGUGUGGAUGUAUAUAUUAUAAAUAAAUGCAGUCACUCCUGUCCUAAAGUAAGGUGAACUUUUUUCAGGUUUUAUUUGUAGUGUACAGGAACCAUGAUUUUUUUAGUCUGCACAUUUAAAAAUUGGAUAAAACAAAGUGUGUUGUAAUUAUGCUUUUUAAAUUUGAAUAUGUAAAUAAAGCUGAAUUCUGCAAAGUUGAAA